UUUUCUCUUAAUUCUGUUUACAGCAUUAAAAUGAUCACUUUCAUUCCCAGGGAGCUCAUUGGUUUUUUAGCUUCUAGAGCAUCUCCCAGGUUCGGAAGAAUAAGCUUGAGGCUAAAGGGAGUUCCCUGUGGUCUGGUUCCUGUAGAGAAUAGACGUCCAUGCUUUGGAGGAGUAUCCUGGGCUCCAGUGAAGAAAAAGAAGAUAAAACGAGAGGUUAAGAUUCUGGAGAACCUUCGUGGUGGAACAAAUAUCAUUAAGCUGAUCGACACUGUGAAGGACCCUGUGUCAAAGACCCCAGCUUUGGUAUUUGAAUAUAUCAAUAAUACAGAUUUUAAGCAACUUUACCAGAUCCUGACAGAUUUUGAUAUCCGGUUUUAUAUGUAUGAGCUACUUAAGGCUCUGGAUUACUGCCACAGCAAGGGAAUCAUGCACAGGGAUGUGAAACCUCACAAUGUCAUGAUAGAUCACCAGCAGAAGAAGCUGCGACUGAUAGACUGGGGUCUGGCAGAGUUCUACCAUCCUGCUCAGGAGUACAAUGUCCGUGUAGCCUCGAGGUACUUCAAGGGCCCAGAGCUCCUUGUGGACUAUCAGAUGUAUGAUUACAGCUUGGACAUGUGGAGUUUGGGCUGUAUGUUAGCAAGCAUGAUCUUUCGAAAGGAGCCCUUCUUUCAUGGACAGGACAAUUACGACCAGCUUGUUCGCAUUGCCAAGGUUCUGGGUACAGAUGAGCUGUAUGGGUAUCUGAAGAAGUAUCACAUAGACCUAGAUCCGCACUUCAACGAUAUCCUGGGACAACAUUCACGGAAACGCUGGGAAAACUUUAUCCAUAGUGAGAACAGACACCUCGUCAGCCCCGAGGCUCUAGAUCUUCUGGACAAACUUCUGCGAUACGACCAUCAACAGAGACUGACUGCCAAAGAGGCCAUGGAGCACCCGUACUUCUGUGAGUUUCCAGGGAUGUAAUUUAUUAAAGGAAAA